CUCUAGUGUGACUAUUUUACUUACUAGACUGCCAUGGAAAGAAGAGAUAUGUUUUCGACUAUUCUCAUCGACAAAGUAGGUUCAACUUAUAUGCUGUUCUUAUUGUUGGAAAUAGUGUACCCACAGGAGAUAGAUCAACAUCCAGUAUGAAGCUUCGAGCAGCAAUCAUCAGGUUAGAAUUUAUAACAAUUCUGCAGCUAAUUUUUCCAUUAAUAGAAAAAUGUUAAUCUAAGUAUUUCAAUCGUUCAUUGGUGUACCAUUGCUUCAGCUAGCGAUGCGGCAUAUGACUCAAAGGCCUGAAGUCAUAGAGAAUAUUAUUUCAUCCUCUCCUGGACUGAGCGAAGAUGCCGUAGCGAUAGCAAUAUUACAUGAUUGUUCACUUCAACAAUGCUGAAACCAUUAGAAAAAUUGCCAAGUUACACCCUUCUUUUCUGUAGACAGCACAGCACAUCGCUUCAGCAGUUCACGACGAAGCUCACAACUUUGCAGCUUCAACAAACUCCCACAACAACUCAACCGGAGACUCUUCCCAAUCCUCGGACUCACCCCAGCCACGGGAAAAGUAUAAAGACACGUUGGGAAAACAUUAGGAAAUACUUUGCUAAAAAAAUUCAUUCACAAUUAGGACACUUCUUAUCUAAGGAGUUACACUACCUCAUUCCUCAUUUAAAAAGUAGUCCACCAGUAGCACCAAACAAAAGACCAGUAGUAACAAAUGAAAGACCAGUUAAGACAGUGAAUGAUGUAUUCCAUGAAGAGGAUGAAGAAACUUUGACACUUGAUGAUGUUAUGAACACGACAAAAAACAUCAAGGAAGCUUCAACUUCAACAAUGAAUUCAACAAGUACUGUACAGUUUCAAACAGAAAAUCAGAAGCAGGAACGUAUUAAGAAAGUAGAAGAGCAGCAGUUCUCUAAGAAGAUUAUCCCACCAAAAGAUAUAAAUUAUAUUAAAAAUGCAGACAAAUUAAACAUGUUGGAAAAAAAAGUAUGCAAGUUGCUGAGAAAGCCAUGGAAGGGAUUCAAGGUUUGAUUUCCACAACCAGUGAUAAUCAACAAUAUGAUGAUUAUUUAAUUAGUGUACGUCAAAGUCUUAUGUAUAUUCCAGAGAGGAAUUUAUUACAAUGCACAAAUGGAAUUUUAACUAUUAUUGACAGUUACAUUUCUAAAUAAAGAUGAUUUGAUAAUUU